GCCCGCUUGUAUAUCGCUGGUUCGCCAUGAAGCUUCUGUUCGGUUUCGCGUUUCUCUUCCUUGGAAUAGUUGUCAAGAGUGUGAGUCAGGAAGUGUCCGCCGCGGCGCCGCGCCUGGACCAGCCGCCGUCAGGGAGCGAACACCAGACAACGGAGACUGUGCACGAGCCAUUGAGGAGGCCAGCCCCGCCACACUCUCUGCCACGUCGAGAACCGCGGCCUCUUCGUCCCCAUGGCCGCCGCCUCACAAACCACCCCGGCCAGAGGGGGUCUUUGCCGCGCCUCUACAAUCCCCAGGAAAGGAUUCGUAAACGCUUUCGAGAGGCAGCACAGAGACGAUUUGCAUUAGUGAGGCUCCUUCCGCGAAGACGAGAUCCUCUCAAGACGGCCGCCCUUGCACCGCCUCCCCUGGAACACGUGUCAUCGCCGUCAACAGAAGAGGAUGGCCUCAAAGACGGCCAGGCGAGCGUGACUGCCGGCGUGCUGAGGGACACAGCCAUGGCCGGCGGGCAGCAUGUAGCGGAGGGCCCCAGACAGCAGCCCGCAAGACUGAACAACUCUGGCAAUUUUGAGAAGGAUUCUCAGAUUUCUCAAAAGCUAGAGUUUCAAUCUGAUUUAGGAUAUAAUGAAGAGGAUCGUGUGUUUUUGCAUCCAGUUCAAGUAAUUCCAGGCAAAGAGGAGCGCCAUGACAACCCCGAGGGGGCGGUGGUCGAGGGCCCGGGCCAGCACAGAGGGUUGUCGCAAGGCGGCGUCACGGGCAGUGGCGGGGAGAAAGAAAAAGCGUCCCUCCAGGUCAUUGCCUUCCCUGCUGCGGGCGAUGGAGUCAGAGGUCAGGGUGUGAGGGGCGGCCGGAUUGCUAUCAUUCAUCCCGCACGGUUCAGACGCUUCAGGUUUCGUAGACCUAAUGUUGGCGUUCCGAAGUUAGUUCCUAAACUUGUGCCUCGCCCGAUCUCAGGCGGCGGAAUUCAGCAAGAGCUCAGACAUCCUGAGGGCCGGCAGGAGCCUCCGCCAGAACUGGACCUGAUGGAAGACCAGCAGGGUGGGUCUUUGAGUCUCGCCUCCUCUCUCCCUGCCGUCGGAAGGAAAGUCAGCGAAAAACAACCAUUGCUUCCUACGGCGCAAGCGGCACAGACGUAUCUUCCAGUAAACACAAAAGGAAGUGAAGCUUCUUUGAGUCUGUCAGAAAAUCCCCAGAUUAGCGAGGGUGAAAUUGGUGCCACGGUAGGUAGAGAGCCGCUCUGGGAAGAUACUCUUGACCCACCACGGAAGGAUGUUCAGAUGGAACUGACAAGUGAGGUUCUAACGCAGCCAAAUGGAAGUGAGCCGCAGGAACACCCGGCACACCAGGAGGACCCCAACAGACGGCCAGGCGAGGCGGAGUCUACGGGUCUGUCCCAGAGUAUCAAACUCGAGACAGCAUCUUCCCCGAUAGACGAGCUGCCCCGAGACUUAGUAACCACUUCAGCCACCUCCAGCCAGACGCCUGCUGUCCCUUCCAGCUCUACCGAUGACCAAGGGCGUCAGCCUCUUAGCGGAAGUUCCCCUGACCAACAGGAGCAUAUGACAGAGUUCAGCAGUCAUCACCAACUGCCGGUUCGUCAGCAGGAAGUCACAGAACAAAGAAUCGCGCACCGAAAGCCGGACAGAGGCCAAGGCGUGCCUCGGCUGCGGACUUUCGUCAGGCCUCGUUUCAGUCAGGGAUCACAGCGAGGUUUCCAAGUCCAGCUUCCACGACAGGAGCCGAAAACACAAGAAUUCCUAAUUUCACAGUCCACGUCAAGGGUGGCACCAAACCCUGGUACCCACGACACAGGCUUGCUGCAGCCGUCCCGUGAGGGGCGGGUGCUGCCCCACUCUGCGGCCACGCUUAGAGAAGCAGCACAGCAACCUGAAGACCAGAUGAGGGAGCCAGAGAGACCUGUUCUUCACCACACCUCACCGCAGCACGGCAAUGAUAGAUUAUCCGAUAUGUUUGCGGGUGGUGAUGCAUCCCGUACGGAGAACACGCCCCCAGUCCAGUCUGUCACCUUUGGCGUCCUAAGACGACAGAACGAGCCAACGAGUAGGAUAAGUUCUGCCGGUCAGCAAGAGGAUGUUGACCAGACGGGCCACCACGGCAUCAUCGAUACACUCAGCAGAAGCGUGCAAACAGAGUCACCUCUUUCAACACCUGAAGACUUAUCGGGUGUUGUCGAGGGGGCCGCAGAUUUUCAGCAGCAGCAACAGCCGGGGAAGUCAUCUUCACACGUAACAGACCACCAACACCUCCCCGAGCAGCACACACCCUACUCACACACUCAUAUGGAGGUGCAGCGAAAUGAAGCACAGCCGCGCCUACCUCAGGAUAUAAAGCUCGUUAGCAGCCUUCCCUCAGACGCCUCUAGACCCUUCACGCCCACACAAGAUGCUCCUCGCGCUGCUCCCCGUGAAAGUGCCUCCGCCAGGGUUGCCGGGGCAGGCAGUACUCCUGUCCGAGGCAGAGACGACACAGCAGCUGAUGACUCGGAACUCGCCGAGGGUGUCUCAGAUGCCUCACCUUUGUGUGAGGACCAUACAGGCUCAAGGUCUGGCUCUCCGCCUUCCCGGGGUGACGAGGGUGUUGCCAGUACGGCGAGUGAGGGACGACACACCUCGAGCGGCCAGACUCUUGCUGAGCGUGUCUAUGAAGAGCCAAGCGAGUCUUACUGGCCUUCAGAGCGCAUGCCUCCCUCCGUAUCUCCGCUGCGGAGCACCGGGGAGGCGACACGAACGAGGGUGAGUCAAGAACCCCGAAGGGCCGGCGCAGGGAGCCUCCAGUCAUCAAGAAAGUCGGAUGAGGUGACUCUAUCAGGGUCUAGCGACGGUCACAUCAACGCCGAGGCCUACGCAUCCCAUCUCAAAACACUGGAGUCAGAACUUGAGCGACACGUUUCACUACUCAAAGGACAGUUUAAUUUGAGACAAAGGGGGCAGUCCAGCCAGAGAAGCGAUGGAUCGAGACUUGGAGAACAACGUUUGAAUAACAGGCAGCGAGGAGCGAGUGUGAGGGGAAGUCAGUCAUCACGGCUACAGAGUACAGAAGCAGCUGAUGCAGGGAGCCACCCGUCGCACCUAGGAGACAACGUGUCCAAAACAAGAGGCUCGGUACAAAGUGCCGAUGCAAGGAACGAAUUUAGGCCGAGAGAUCAACUCUCAACGGAAAAUGAGCUUAGGCUUCGAGGAGAGCUUCUCAGUAUUCCGAGACAACCUGAUGCGGGGCUUGGCAGAGUGAGUUACUAUCCUACAGGACGCUUCCGAGACGUUGAUACCCAGACGAGGCCUCGGAGGCCUUUGACACCCGGCAGGUCGGACUCAAGGACACAGAGGAAGCCAAGCAGGAGCAGGACGGAUGGAGGGACAAUCCGCUUGAGGGGGGACCACACGAGGUCUCCGCCGUCUCCCUUAUCGCCUGUCAAUCGGGCAGGCUCAGCGGACGGACCUCCUUUCAGACAGCAGCACAGCUUGAAGGCUCGGCGUCCCUAUCCUUCCCGUCAGCCUCCCUCACCCCGAGAAGGAGUUCGCGCUUUCCAUUCUUCUCAUGACGAGAUAACGACGUUUCUGGACUCGACAGCGGCACCCAAGAUACCUCUCGCCAUGACUGCGUCGCUGCCCCAGAGCCCAGAGCCACGGCCAGCGGUGGGAAGCCUCGUGCGUGCCACACAUAGAUUUGUCUCUUCCGAGGCAUCUCCGACAACCCUCACAGGUCAAGUAAACCAUCAGGGGGAGAGGCAGCGCCACCUACCGGUGAUAUCACGACCUCUUACCGACUCAUAUGGUCAGCCCGCCUACACCUUCGAGCGAUUCCCAGAGGCAGGCUCAUCCAAGGACACCUUGUCCAUACAAAACACUAAUUAUCACGCUUCCCCUGGGCGUGUGGAGAGGCUGAGAGGAUCGCUGUCCAUCUCCUCCAUUCACCGAAAGAAAGAACCAACAAGCACUCAGGGUCAUCCUCAUGUCGCACCUCCGAGGAUUCUUUCCACAAAAUUCCCGCCGGCCACGCUGGGCGAGGCCCAGGUCACGCCGCCGGAGCACAGGUUCAGGCAGCAGCCGCCUGGGGACAAAAGCUCGUUCUUAGGCCGCGUCGAAGGCCCCGCGAGGCCCGUCAGUCAGCGAGGCUCAAAGAAGUUCAUGGACACGCUGCGAGGCAUGAACAAGGACAUGGAGGAGCAGGCGUUGCUCAGGUCCCUGGCGGCACUCCUGAGGGGCCAGGACCUCUCAGGACACUGGGCCUCGCAUGAUGUGCCUCGCCUCGACGCCCAGCGGCCGCCGCCACACCUGCAGAUCCCGGAGACAGGCUUCAGGUGUGCGGGCCUCACCUCGGGUUACUACGCCGACACCCACGCCGCCGCGCAGUGCCGGAGCUUCCACUUUUGCGGCGCGGACGGGACCCAGACCAGCUACAUGUGUCCCGAAGGCACGGCAUUCAACCAGCGACUCCAAGUUUGCGACCACGACUUCAGAGUGGAUUGCAACGCCUUGGCCUACUCUGCCCACCCUGACCCCCACCCUCCCCAGCACCGCCAGCAGCAGCCCCAGCACCAGUACCAGCACCAGCAAUACCAUCACCACCCCCAGCGCCAGCAACACCCCCGGGCAGGCGAUGACCCACGAGGAAAUAAGCACUUUGGAAGGAGGGACUAUUUCUCCGACCUCUACCACAUAAGCCAACGUGCCUAAAGAGAAGGGAAAAGAGAGAAAGAAAGAAAUAUAAAGAAAAUGAGAGAGAGAGAGAGAGAGAGAGAGAGAGAGAGAGAGAGAGAGAGAGAGAGAGAGAGAGAGAGAGAGAGAGAGAGAGAGAGAGAGA